UUUUUUUUUUUUUUUUUUUAAUUCCCAAAAUUCGUCGAUUGGACCAAAUGACCGAUGACCGUAAAAAGCUUCAACACCGUUCGCGUCGCGUCUGUCGAUGUAAAGAGUGAAUCUGGAAAUAACCGCGGUGGCUGCGACUCGACUCGGUUGAUAAUGCAGUUGGAAGUUAUGGCUACCUUUUAAUUAAUGCCCAAAGCUAUGGGAUGACGUACGAUGUGUCCUUCGUGUGGUGGCUUUACGUUUCGAGGUUAGAUCGUAACCGCCGUGGCUAGGCAUCGCGUUCGCAUCGUGGAGUAGCAUGAUGGCACGGUAACAAUGACGGAAGGUUCAUUUCUCAUCAACGAAUACGGUACUAAAUGUAAUAUGUGGAGUGGCUUCCGCAGCAAGGGCUUCCUCAUGUUGUUCCUUAUUUACGUGAUUGUGUUUCAAUGUUUCAUAUAUUACAAAGAUUAUCAAGAGCGCUACAAGUGGCAAGAGUUGAGGAGCAAGUUGGAGUCGCUGAUGAGCGAGGAACGUGACUUGUACGGGUUAGUCCACAGCAUUAUCAAGAGGCUGGAGGCGCACAAUUUGUUUAACAAAGAGAGGCGGGAAUCAGCCGUGAAGCCUACGAUCUACGCCAUUACCCCUACGUUCUCCAGGCCUGUACAGAAAGCCGAGCUGACACGUUUGUCGCAAACGUUCCUCCAUGUACCCAACUUCCACUGGAUCGUCGUCGAGGACGCGGCAACGAAAACCACGCUGGUCACGCGGUUCUUGGAGGAGAGUGGUUUGAUUUACACUCACUUGGCCGCGGCAACUCCGCCUAAUUACAAGUUGGGCCGAAACGACCCGAAUUGGAAGAAGCCGCGUGGCGUCGAGCAACGAAACGCGGCGUUACGCUGGCUCCGGGAGAAUCUCAAACCGACCGACAGAGGCGUCGUGUUUUUCGCCGACGACGACAAUACCUAUUCCAUUAAACUAUUCCACGAGAUGGAGAAGAUACAGAGGGUAGGCGUGUGGCCUGUGGGCCUGGUCGGUGGCUUGAUGGUGGAAAAACCGAUGUGUGAUAACGUUACGAGCAAAGUGAUCGGUUUCAACGCUGUCUGGAAGCCGGAUCGCCCGUUCCCGCUCGAUAUGGCAGGUUUCGCCAUCAAUCUGCGACUUUUACUGGAGAACAAGGACGCUGUGUUCUCGUACGAAGUUCAGGGCGGGUAUCAAGAGAGCGAGAUACUGUCGCAAAUUGUCACUAGAAACGAACUGGAACCGUUGGCUGAUUGCUGCACCAAGGUGUACGUGUGGCACACUCGAACAGAGCCACCGCAACUGAAUGUGGAACAACUGUUGAUCAAGAAAGGUAAACGCUCGAACGUAGGCAUCGAAGUAUGAUCGAAAAGAUAUUAGACAAGCAUACUUCCGUAUUUUCUUCAAUUACCGAGGAAGCUUGCACCGAGGUAGAUGUGUACGAUGUUAUUCAGUUUGCGAGCAGAAGAUACGUAUUACCACGUAUUUUCGACACACGAAAGGGAGAAUGGAAUUUUGUACAAGCUUUUCAUUCGUUCGUAUUGGGUCAUGUAAAUUUGUAAAUGAUGCAGUGCCAUAAAGCGGACGAUGGCCGCUCGUAGCUGCGUAAGGCCAAGGUAAACACGACGUUGAUAAAUUUUACAUGAAAUAUGCUUAUCGAUAGUAUGCAUAAUAAAACACGAUUUGCUCAAAUUACACAUUAUUGUUGAGCAGGUUUUGCCUUACGAGUCGUUCGCUUUUUUUUUUCUUUAUAUUUUUUGAACAUAACGCUGUUUAAUCGAAUAAAAAUUUUCGUGCAAAAGAAAAAGAAAAUAAUGAAACGAUAAUGCAGACGUGAAUCAUUUGACCUUGAAAAUGUUCUUUAUCCUUUAUUAGUCGAGUACGUUUUCUUGACGCGUACAGAAAAAGCAUACAUAAAAAAUAUGCCUUACACCUACGAACUUUAAUGUUUUUUUUUUUUUUUUUUUU